GCUACGACUGUGGAGUUUUUGGAAGUAGUAGGACUAACUACUAAGCGCUAAGUAUGGGGUCGCCCGUCAUCUUUACCAGGGUGCGCCUUGCCUAGAGGAGUAGGUUUCGGCCCUCUCGAUCCCGGGGUACAACAAUCUUAAUCGGCCUCUGCUGCAGUGGAAAUUUUCCCACCGUUCCCUCUCUUUCUCCUCCCUUCUCCUCACACGACGCCUCUCCUACUCUCCUCCGGUAUGACUGCGUCCAUCCACCGUUCAGUGGACUUCGAGGCGGACAAGUCAAUGAUGCAAAAUCAAAUGGAAAAGAAGGACGACCAGUCGGUCGCUCCUCCCGUAUACGACCAAGAGCUGGGGGAGAUCACCGGGCCGGAGAGAGACCUCGUGGAACGCGGCCACAGUAAAUUCAACAGACUGGGCUGGAAGCGUCUCACUGUGGUCUUGAUUGUCGAGGCUAUUGCUCUGGGCAGUUUGUCAAUUCCCUCGUCAUUUGCGACCCUUGGCAUGGUCCCAGGUGUGAUCUGCUCGGUCGGUCUCGGUCUGGUCGCUAUCUACACCAGUUACGUUGUCGGCCAGGUGAAGCUGAAGUUCCCUGAAGUGCAUCAUUACCCUGAUGCCGGAAGACUGAUGUUCGGUCGCAUUGGCUAUGAGCUGAUCUAUGGGAUGCUCGCGUUGCAACUGGUUUUCCUCGUCGGAUCGCACUGUCUUACCGGCACGAUUGCUUGGAUGAACAUCACCAGCAGCGGUGUCUGCUCAGUUGUUUGGGGUGUCGUAUCGGCCGUGAUUCUGUUCCUCCUAGCCUUGCCUCCUAGUUUCGCGGAGGUGGCCAUUCUGGGCUAUAUCGAUUUUGCUUCUAUUAUCGUUGCCAUUGGCAUCACCAUCAUUGGCACCGGCGUUGAGAGUACCAAUCAACCGGGUGGUCUCUCAGCGGUUCACUGGACUGCAUUCCCAGAAGGAGAUGUCUCUUUCUCCGAGGCAUUCAUUGCCAUCUCCAACAUUAUCUUCGCCUACAGCUUCGCCAUGUGCCAGUUUUCCUUCAUGGACGAAAUGCACACCCCCAAGGACUUUACCAAGUCCAUUUGGGCUCUUGGAAUCACAGAGAUCAUUAUCUACACCGUGACUGGCGCCCUGGUCUAUGCUUUUGUCGGCCAGGAUGUCAAGAGUCCAGCACUGCUGUCAGCAGGCCAUCUCCUGAGCAAAGUCGCCUUCGGUAUCGCCCUUCCCGUCAUUUUCAUCAGUGGCUCUAUCAACGGGACCGUCUUGGGUCGCCUGAUCCAUGGUCGCGUCUACAAGGAUUCUCCCAUUCAAUUCAUCAACACCAAGAUGGGAUGGAUUACGUGGACCGUCCUGAUUGCCAUCAUCACCGUUAUCGCAUGGGUGAUUGCCGAGGUCAUUCCAUUUUUCUCGGAUCUGCUGUCUAUCUCGUCAGCACUUUUCAUUUCCGGCUUCUCGUUCUACUUCCCCGCAUUGAUGUGGUUCAUGCUCAUCUGCCAGGGCAAGUGGUAUUCUUCGAAGAAGAACUUGGCGCUUUCGUUCUUGAACGGUAUAUGUUUUAUUAUCGGCCUGGUUACGUUGGUAGGCGGUACUUACUCCAGCGUUGAUGAUAUUAUCCUAAAGUAUAGAAACGGCACAGUCAGGGGCGUUUUUACCUGCGCGCAACCAUCCUAAGCAGGAUGUUGGUGAGUGGGGAAGGCUGCGCAGCUCGAAAUUUCCUUGCAUCUUAUACAGGGCACUUCUACUGCGUAAGUCCCGGAA